AUGUCGCUUCUAUCAGUUUUAAGCUCCUGUUUGACAGAUUGGACUUCCCUUAUAUUAGUAUUAUUGAUAAUUUACAUAUCAAACUUCUACUACAACUAUUUUAUGCGUCCUAAUCCGUUACCAGGUCCCAUACCGAUUCCUAUACUAGGGACGAUUCAUAUUAUUGGAAUGAAUCCUCUAACAUGGUAUAACAAAAAUAAGAAAAAGGCUGGUACAAUUUGGGAAUUUUAUAUUGGUUCCCAACGAAACAUAGUUAUCAAUCAUGCAAAACAUGCUGAGAAACUUUGCAAACCAACUAAAAGCUUCUUUAAACGAUUUCCCUUUCCUAUGUUUGAAAGAAUGGGACUUAAUCAUGGAAUAUUUUUUAAUAAUGAUUAUAAUUUAUGGCAUCGAAGGAGAAGAUUAGUAAUCCGUGCAUUGAUGGCAACGAAAUUUUUACGGGGUCUCGUUCUUUGUAUUCAAAACCAAUUUAAAGCAUCUGAAGAAAGAUGGAAAUCUAAAAUAAAAGAUGGAAUUGAAUUUGAUUUUAGUGAAUGGAUGAGAUAUUUUGCAACUGAUAUUCAAACUAUUCAAACCACAAAACAACAUUCUUAUUGUGUAGCUUUAUUUGACACAAAUAAGAAAUUAGUUCAAUCUGAAGAAAUUAAAAAAUCUUUAGAGUUUACUAAUGCUACAAAAAAAUUUUUUCAUUCUUUUGGAUUUUUUAUUUAUAUUCCUCCAUUUAUAUGGGAUUAUGUACCAGGUUUUAACCUUUACAGUAAAAGUUGCGAACGUAAUAUAAAUUAUUUGAAUGAUGUUGUGAAUAAUAUCAUUAAUAAAAGAAAAAAAGAACUUGAAGAAGGUGCUGAAUUAGACUCAGAUUUAUUAGAUCAUUUAUUGAUUGCUCACACCCUAAAAGAUCCCGAUUCUAAAAAUAAUGAUAAUGUUGCGCCGAUAACUGCUAAAGAAGUUACUGCUCUUACGUGGGACAUUCUCUUAGCUGGCACUGAUUCGACCGGUAAUGCAUUCAGCUUUUUAUUAUAUUACAUUGCGAAAAAUCCAAAUGUUCUUGCCAAGAUUCACAAAGAGAUUGAUGAAAUUUUUGGUCCUGAUUCAAAUAUUGAAUUCACCCUUGAAAAACUCGAUAACUGUCAUUACAUUGAAGCUACGAUUAAAGAAUCUUUGCGCCUUAUUUUAUUAGGUCCAUACACUGCAAAAAUUUCUGAUGGUAUUCAAAAUAUUGCUGGAUAUAAUUGGCCAAGUGGAACUAGAUUUUGGAUAGAUCAUCAAACUCUUUGUAAUAAUCCUGAUUAUUGGGAAGAUAAUGAAACUUUUAAUCCUGAUAGAUUUUUAAAUAAAAAUCAUGGUGGCUCAUCUGAACUUUCGAAUUUUCAAAAGAUUUCUUUUACUCCGUUCGGUUGUGGUCUCAGAUCUUGUGCCGGAAAAUUAGUGGCUAUGAAUGUGAUGAAAUCUUUAGUUGUUUUAUUUUAUAGAAAGUAUAACAUUGAAUUAAAGAAUGAAAAUAUAAAAUACCAUUACAGUGCGUUAAAUCAGGUUUAUGAUCUUAAAAUUAGGAUUAGAUUAAGAGAUGGUUCUUCUUUAUAA